UUCGCCACACGCGCUGCUGUUGCCAGUAUCUGAGCUAAAGUCUCACAGCUACCGGCACGGGAGGUGGUUACUUCAAAAUCACUUCAAACUCGACCUCAAACAUAUUAUCGAUUCCCUCCUGUUGAAACCAGUUGACCAAAGAAAUGGUGAUGGAGAAGCCAAGUGCCCAGCUUGUGGGGCGAGAGUUUGUCCGACAGUACUACACCCUGCUGAACCAGGCGCCCGAUUACCUGCACAGGUUUUAUGGCAAGAACUCGUCUUACGUUCAUGGGGGUCUGGACAGUAAUGGCAAACACGCUGAAGCUGUCUUCGGCCAGUCUGAAAUCCAUAAGAAGGUAAUGGCUCUGAGUUUCCGUGAUUGCCACACUAAGAUAAGGCAUGUGGAUGCCCAUGCCACUCUGAAUGAGGGAGUGGUGGUGCAAGUCAUGGGCGAGCUGUCCAAUAACAUGCAGCCCAUGAGGAAGUUCAUGCAGACGUUUGUUCUGGCGCCUGAGAGCGAUGGCUUUGUAAAAAAUCAACGUGUUUCAGAGAGGCGGGGCAAAGAGGAGAUGCAAACAUGCACGGGCACCGUUGCGAAUAAGUUCUACGUGCACAAUGAUAUUUUCCGGUACCAGGAUGAAGUAUUUGGCGACUCAGACUCCGAUGCUCCUGAGGAGUCUGAGGAGGAUGUGGAGGAGCUGGAACGGGUCCACUCACCUGAGGUGGUCCAGGAUGAGCCUGCCGGAUACUAUGAACACCCACCAUGUGUUGAGCCAGAGGGGCUGCAAGAGGAGGUAGCGGUGACCCCAGAGCCCCAGCCUGAGCCAGAAGAAGAGGUGGAGUGUGAGCCAACAGCUGUAGAGCUGAAACAGGAGCACGUCAGUCAACCCGAGACUCAUGCCGAGGAAAAGACUCAAAGAGCUCCCCCUUCACCCACGCCUGCUGACACUGCACCCACCAUGCCAGAGGACAGCCGCCGGCCGUCCUCGUGGGCUUCAGUCACAAGCAAGAAUCUCCCACCUGGAGGAGUGGUCCCUGUGACAGGAGUCCCUCCGCAUGUUGUCAGAGUUCCAUCUGCUCAGCCACGUGUAGAGGUGAAAGCAGAAACACAGACCACAGCACAGAGACCCCAGAGAGACCAGAGACCACGCGACCAAAGGCCAGGACCGUCUCCAGCUCACAGAACACCAAGACCGGGAGCAGUGCGAGAGGGGGAGAGCGGUGAGUCAGAGGUGAGGCGAGCAGUCCGGUACCCUGACAGCCACCAGCUCUUCGUUGGAAACGUGCCUCACGACGUGGACAAGACUGAACUCAAAGAAUUCUUUGAACAAUAUGGUACAGUCCUAGAGUUGAGGAUCAACAGCGGUGGCAAGCUGCCUAACUUUGGAUUUGUGGUAUUUGACGAUUCUGAGCCAGUGCAGAAGAUUCUCAGCAAUCGGCCCAUUAAGCUGCGAGGAGACGUCCGACUCAACGUGGAGGAGAAAAAGACCCGCUCUGCCCGUGAAGGUGACCGGCGAGACAUCCGCCCCAGAGGCCCCGGUGGACCGCGAGACAGGAUAGGCGGUUCAAGGGGGCCACCCACCCGCGGAGGCACGGCUCAGAAACCUAGUUUCGGAGCCGGUCGCGGCACAGGAUCCAGCGAGGCCCGCUACACGGGACCACGUCAGUGAGGCAGCUCCAACGUCAUUCGCUGCUGAUGCAAGUCACCCUGGUUCACACAGAUGGCUUCCCUUGUUCCCCAUCUACAUCCCCCACUCCAGGACCCGGAGUGUGAAUUCUUUAUCUGGACUCUUCCUUUUAUUUCUGAGUUUGAACUUGAAUUUGUUGUAAAAAAACAAAACUACUUGAAUUGGGGAAGGAGAAACCUGGCUUUUCGUUCUCUCCCUGUUUCUUAAAGGAACGUGUUUUUACUGCUUGGGCAAUCCUGUGUAUUGCUAGCACCCGCUUUCAGGUCAAGUGCAAGUAUGGUUUUAUUUGGAAUUGUUGCCAAGUCGAAUCAUGGUUGUGUGUGAGUGACUAUCUAGCAUGUAAAGAAUCCUGUUUGCCUUCUACUGUUGCACUUCAUCAAGAAUGACAACAUUUUAACAACUCCACUCAUGAGAGAACAAAAUAAACUAUGUACUAUUUUGAA